AUGAUCAGCUGGGAACGUUGCAAAAAUGUUACAGUUGUUUGUUGUAUGAAUGCUGUGGGUUUAUUUAUCCUACCUAUGUUUAUAUACCCUAGGGCUAGAGUUAGUCAAUUGUUAGGUAGAGGUGGUCCAGCUGGUUCUUUAUAUGAGUGUUCAAAGAAUGGAUGGAUAACAACUGAACUAUUUUUUAAAUGGAUGGAACACUUUGCUAAAGUUGUCAAACCAACAACGCUGGAUCCAGUUAUGUUAAUAUUUGAUAAUCAUACCAGUCAUAUUUCUAUUGAAAUUUAUAACUUUUGCAGAUUAAAUGGUAUUUGUAUUGCGACUUUACAACCACAUACUUCACAUAAAUUACAACCACUCGAUUUAACUUUUUUUGGACCUCUUAAGACUACCUUUAAUCGCGAAUGUGGCUUGUUUUUAAAAGCCCAUCCACAUGAAAAAAUAACGAUGUAUGAUUUGGCUUCACUUUUUAAUAAAAGUUAUACAAAAGUAGCUACAAUGGACAAAGGGCUAUCGGGAUUUAAUAGCGCCGGUAUUUUUCCAUUGAACACUGAUAAAUUCACAGCCGAUGACUUUGCACCUGCACAAGAAUUACGUGAAGUAGAAAAAGAGUUUACUUUUGAAUAUUUAGAAAACGAACUUGAUAUUUCUGAAAAUCAACUCUGCACUUGGCAAGGUAAUGAGAACGAACAAGAAAACUUUUCUUUGGAGCGUGAAUUACAGGCAAAAGAAGAAGACUUUAAUUUUCGAAGUUUACAGGAUGGAUCAACAAGUAUACAUGAUACAAAAGGAAUAGUUCAAAUAAAUGAUCUCCCAUCAACAUCAACUGGUAUUUAUCAUACAAGUAUUGAACAGUUAUGUCCAAUACCAAAAGUAAAUGCCACAUCGACUAAACGUUCUAAAUCACGCAAACGUAAACCCAUCGUGUUGACAGACACACCUAUGAAAUUAGAAUUGGAGCAAGCAAAAGAAAAACGAGAAACGGCAAAAGAAUAA